GGCAACUCCGCGGAACUGGCAGCGGUCUCUGGUCAUUCCCUUCACUGUCUGCAGUCUCUGCUCAUUCCCUGCACUGUCUGCAGUCUCUGGUCAUUCCCUGCACUGUCUGCAGUCUCUGGUCAUUCCCUGCACUGUCUGCAGUCUCUGGUCAUUCCCUGCACUGUCUGCAGUCUCUGGUCAUUCCCUGCACUGUCCGCAGUCUCUGGUCAUUCCCUGCACUGUCCGCAGUCUCUGGUCAUUCCCUGCACUGUCCGCAGUCUCUGGUCAUUCCCUGCACUGUCCGCAGUCUCUGGUCAUUCCCUGCACUGUCCGCAGUCUCUGGUCAUUCCCUGCACUGUCCGCAGUCUCUGGUCAUCCCCUGCACUGUCCGCAGUCUCUGGUCAUUCCCUGCACUGUCCGCAGUCUCUGGUCAUUCCCUGCACUGUCCGCAGUCUCUGGUCAUCUCCUGUACUGUGUCCGCAGUCUCUGGUCAUCUCCUGUACUGUGUCCGCAGUCUCUGGUCAUCUCCUGUACUAUGUCCGCAGUCUCUGGUCAUCCCCU